AUGACCGUUUCCAAUACCUCGUCCACACCAACCACAAAUAACAGCACAACUUCAGUGGCCCAAUCUACCUCCACAGUGAAUCACAGCACCACAACAAACUCUGAAACAAUUCUGAAAGGAGGAAAUGCAGACACCACCAAUACCAAAACCACCACUCAAUCUCAAAACAACACGAAUGAAGAAUUGAAGAAUGGUGACGGAGAUCCUCGCUCCCUUGAAUAUGCAUCGACGUCUUCAAGCUCCUCGUCUUCUUCUGAUAUUGGAGAAGGUGAAUCGAGUGUGGAGGAAUUUCCUCCUUCCAAUAUUGAAGAGGAAGAGUUGACAGCGAAUCACAACAAUGACUCUAACCCUUCACAAACCUCCUAUGUGGAGAGAGAAGCUCCUAGAUUGGAUUUGAAUACUGUCAAGUUGUUUGUUGGACAAAUUCCAUAUUCGUACACGGAGGAAAAUUUGUAUCCCUUAUUUACACAAUUUGGACAAGUGGCAGAAAUUGUGGUCAUUCGAGAUCGAUUCACACAGAAAUCGAGAGGUUGUGCCUUUGUGAGUUUCCGUGAUAAGGAAGGAGCAGAUUUGUGUAUUAAGGAGUUGAAUCAGAGAUUUAAAUUGCCACCACUCAAUACACCCAUGCGUGUGAAAUAUGCCUUCACCGAGCAACAAUACGAAUCGUUUAGUGCCGAGUCGGAGAAUUCUCCAAGUGGAAAUGACUCCUCCUCAACAUCUAACGAAGGUGUCAUUGCUCAUUCUUCCACCUUUCUUAGUACCCUAAAUGAAAAGUUUGAUUUUGGUCAACCUCAUCCUGAGAACAAACUUUUCAUUCGGAACAUACCAAAAAGUGUCACUGAAGAAGAACUCUCGCAAGUGUUUGAACCAUUUGGAGAGAUUCAAGACACUGUUGUCUUGAGAACUACCAUUCACACUUCCAAAGGUUGUGGAUUUGUCAAAUUUGUGCAUGCAGAGUCAGCUCAGCGUUGUGUCGACGCUUUCCGAAAUGAAAUUAUUCAACCUCUUCAAGAGAAGAUUUGGUCACAAUUUAAGGACACAGCCACUGAAUCAACAACAACAACAACAACUGCAACGACUGCUACUCCAACAGCUCCCAAUAAUAAUAAUAACAAUGGAGAGUCCUCUCAAGCACAACCAUCUUCUCCUCCUCAAUCACAACAAGCACAACCUCGUGUCCUCUCACAAGAACAAAUUUCCAUGGUCGAUUCCAUCUUUAAGAAGAGUAGUUUCUUGAUUGAGGGAGCCAUCACUCCUCUCGUAGUGAGAUACGCCGAUGACGACACGAAAUUACAACCAACUCAGAAUGAAUCCUAUACCAAUUCCACAACAAGAUCAUCAGCGACGAGGAAAUCUAGUUAUUCUUCACAAUAUCAAGGUACGCCUUCCUCCUCAAAUGCUUAUUACUCUCAAUAUGGUGGUAGUGGUGGACAACAUAGACAGAGACGUCACUCCACACCUUCACAUUAUCGAUUCUCGAAUCCCUACCUCCAAUAUCAACGUGGAGUUGCCACUGGAUACUAUUAUGUUCCACAGAUCAGUACGGGCUCAGGAAUUGGAGGAGUAGCAACCGCUUGGGGCUAUGGAGAUCCUUCCACUUUUUAUGGCUAUCACACAGGAGGAACAAAUUCCCAAUCCAACAGCAACACUGGAGGAUCUUCCAAUGCUGCCGGAGAGGAAACAGUCCAGUUCUACUACACACCAGCAUCACCUGGUGCCAUGUAUGGACAUCCAGCUUCAGCAGCCACUUAUGCAAAUGGAGGAGGAGGAGCACCCUUGUUGUACUCACAAGUGGCCUCUCAACAAGCAAGCUCCACGAAUGGAACUGCUACUUCUGGUGGUAGUGGAAAUUCAUCAUCAUCUUCGGUGGUGUAUCAUGGCACAAGCUCAGGUUCCAAUGAGGAGAAUGGCAGAAGUAUUUCUCAACAACAGCCUCAACAACCCUUAAUGUAUUACUAUUAUUAUUAUCCUCCUUCACAGAAUCCUUACAAGUAUGAUGGAGUUAUCAACAAUAAUUCAGUCGGUGAGACACCACAAGGAGGUGUGUAUGCCUAUCCUCAGGUCAAUCGCAGUGGAUACUAUCCACAACAGCAACAACAACAUUCGUAUCCUGUCUAUGCUUCAUCAGGUUAUUCCAAGAAGAGGCAGAAUCAGAAAUCGAAUCGAAUGGAACACAACAAAGGAGCUUCUCCUCAGAACAACACAACCAACUACAAAUUAUUUGAAGAAAAUGGUAAUCAUAGUAAUCAGAAAAAGCAAACCUCUAAUUCAGAUGCAUAA